GGCGCUUCAUUCAUCCACGGCCGCUUCAACCGAUGAGUCCACCCUCUUCGUCAUCAACCCUCCCAGGCAUUCUCCAGGCACCCGUCCACGAGGCAAACACGGUAGCGACCCUCGUAUCCCGCCUGACGCGUCCCUUCCGAUUCCUCCCGACACGCGGCUCGCAUGCGCCGUUGCUCGAGCAAGGACGGCAAGUGAUUGGUGAUGAUUACGGAUCGUGGUGCCUGGCCUUCGCCCUGCCAUGGGGUAUAAAGACGCUCCCUCUCCCUUUUCCCCCUCCUUUCUUUUUUCUUUCCUCACCCCGCUCAGCCCACCGAAGUACAGUACCUACCGACCCACUAGGCGCCUACACAAGUAGCCAACGACCUUUCGACUGUACCACUCACAGUCAUACUACGAGUACUACCACUGCUGCCGCUGCUGCACUCGGGCCAUCGAAGCAACCGCCAGCGCUCACAACACCGAGCUCCUCUCAACAGCUGCUCUGAACAGCUGCUCUCAACAGCUCCUCCUCUUUCGCCCCAUGCUCUGCGCCGUCAGAGUGCAAUCGACUACGCAACAUCCCUCCGGCUUGCUCAAAGCUGAAGACGCAGCAAGACUCAAUCUAUCCUCGUCUUCCCAGAGUUACCCAGACGCAAGCGAGGCGCUACUUAGCACUUCCAUCUCAAGACUUGCCUAUCUAGCUCAAGACUACGGACCCUCUCA